AUGCCGAGGACCAGUUAUGGAGUGACGGGGUUUGCACUUCUUGCUACACCUAGUCAAUACUGGUCGCUCAAUUUAGUCGUCAAACCCGAGUCAAACAAUUAUAAACACUCUGCUAAACUUGGCUUGAUGUAUAACAACAGUUGGCCUGUCCAAGGGAAAUACGUUUCGAAGUCGUAUUAUUAUGUUAAGAAAGACUGGUCUUGGGCGUUUAACACAAAAUACAAUUUGACUAUUUCUAUAGACAGAACGAUGAAAUCUGGAUUAAUCUUUUCUGAGGCAAAAGAAGUUCUAUUUAACGCCACAUACAUCUUCAAUGCAACUGAAUCAUAUUUCCCGACAUUUAAAGCGAAUGGUGCGAAGACAAAUCAUUAUCAAAUCAGUGCAAGUGCAUCCGAGUUUUCUGAUAAGACAUACAAAGUGUUUCCAAAAUAUGACGCACAUUUUGGGUGUGACUAUCCACCACAACAAGAAGCCACUGGCUUCUUCCGUGUAUCAAAAAACAAUGUAGACAAGAAGUGGUGGUUUUACGAUCCGAAUGGGUAUCCUUACUUUAUGAUAGGUGCAAAUUCAAUAAACCCAUAUGAUGGGUACGACUAUGUUUUAAACAAUUCUCCAUAUAACGAGUUUAUAAAGAACAAAUAUAAAGAUUAUGAAGAAUGGUACCAAGUCCAAACAGAUCGACUCAAAAGUUGGGGCUUCAAUGCCCUUCCUAACUGGGUUGAUACAAAGAUGUUCCACAGUGGUCUUCCUCACUCGACUAACCACGGCUCUUCAGACUUUGCUGUUAACUUUGAUUACAUCAUACCUAAAACAUCAUGGACGGGGUUUCCGAAUGUUUUCAGUGAUUUGUGGAAACCCUACUUGGAGAUCACUUUGAGGGAUUUUGAAGAAAAUAAGAAUGAUUCCUGGAUCAUCGGACACUUCUUUGAUAACGAACUUGAGUGGUGGGGAAAGACUGAAGAACGUGGUACUGAGAAAGGCGAUUGGAAUUUGUUUAACUCCACUUGGCUCUUACCAAAGAAUCACACUGCAAAAAUAGCUGCAUCGAAAAUUAUUGAAAAGUAUUUAAAAGAGAAGAACAGACAAAAUGAUAUAACAAAGUGCUUCGAAGAAUAUUUUGGUAUCAAAAAUAUCAAUUCGAUAAACGACUAUUUGAACAGUUAUAAAGGAGGAAUUGUCUGGAGUACUGAGGGGAAGGAGAUUGGGGCACUUUAUAUAAAAGAAGUUGCUGAGAGGUAUUUUAGUGCCAUCAAAGAGACUUUCCAGAAGUAUGACAAAAAUCACUUGUAUUUCUGCACACGAUUUCCUGGAUCUUCCCCAUCGAUAGGAGAGAUCGUUAAUAAGUAUUGUGACAUCAACACAUUUAACAUAUACCCAUUCGUCUCUCCUAUCAGUGGAGUGCCUGAUUACACUAUCAAAAGUGUCAGAAAGAUAUCAAACUUUGCACCCGACAUUCCAUUGAUUGUGACUGAAUGGAGCUUCCCAGCACUCGAUGCCGGGUUACCGAUCAAAUUCUUCAUGGCGCAAUUAAUGAAUAUGGAGAAUGUCAUUGGUGCUCAUUACUUCAGAUAUUUGGACCAAUCACAACAUGGAAAUGCCGAGACCUUCCAAGAAAACUCGAAUUAUGGACUUGUCAAUGGAACGGACUACCCAUACGAAUUGCUGACCGAAACACUGAAGGAAGUCAAUGAAAAUUACUGUAGAAGAAGACUUGGGAAUUUCUCAUAUAACGACUAUUUUCCAAACAAAGAGGUUUUGUAUGCAAAUACAGUGAAAAAAGAGUUCACUUUUGAUGUGACCAAAACAAGAGGUGUUACACUCCAACUCGAAGAUAAAAACGCGACCUUUAUGUACAAAAACAAUCGAAUUGGGCGAUUUGAGUUUUGGGCGUCGAUGUCGUAUUACUUUAAAAAUGACACCCAAACAAAACAGACGACGUCAUUUUGGUCUGCUUCUGUCGUUAAGUUAAAUAAAGUUGUUGAGAGUGAAAAGACUGUUGAGGUGUAUUAUCAGACUAAUUCUUACUCAAAUAAAACGAUGGAAGUCUGCUUCGUCUUACCCAAAGGUAGUGUUUCAGACAGUACAGUGAACCCUUUUAUGGCUGUUCGAAUUACUGAUAUAACCGACAAACUGUCACUGAUUUCUGAAGUAGUGAAUUAUAGUGUUGUCUCUACUAAUGUGCUUAUAAACAUGAAAGACUUUGGAAGUGACGCGGUGCGCGGAGAGAAAUCUGGAAACAACAAUUAUUGGAAACAAGAGGAAUACAUCAACGUACCCAAAUCAAACAUUGGAAUGGGUGUGUGGGCAUUCCCUGAUAAUAUUCGAAUUUAUCAAAAAUCCAUGAUAAGUGUCAGUGUCGGGCAAUCAUUCACUGAUGGCGAAAUAAUGGACGAGAACGGGAGUUUCGCCCCAAAUAAAGAUGAUUUGAAAAAAGCACCCAAUUUUGUUUUCUUCCCAUUUGCGUCAAAUUGUGCAAAAAAAGGUUAUGGGUGUUACAACCAAAGUCUUGAUAUGAUAAUAAAAGAAAUCACAAAUCAAUACGACCUUCCUGAACCAUUGCAAUCACCAAAUAAAUGUUACACUAUAAUUGGAUUAUGGGUAUUGCUGAUGUUAUUGUUGCUGAUUUAA